AUGGUCUCGCUCAUCGAACAUACAGUCCGGAUCAACAACCAGCUAUAUGAGUUCCAGAAGGAACGACGAACUUACGACAGCCCAAAGAAGAGUUAUAAGUAUCGAGGUAACGAAGGUCGAAAGAAAGAGAAUUAUUCUCGAGACAACCGAUGGCCAGACCCUAUGAAACUCGAUGCCACCUUCAAGCAAGGCAACCGCCUACACAACCCUGAUAAGGAGCAACAGCUUAAGGAACGGCUCUGCUUCAACUGCAACAAGCCUGGACAAUUGGCGCGAAAUUGCAAACAACCAAAGAAAGGGAACGGCGGACGAAAGUAUGGCAAACAGCUCAAUGCCACUUGGCAAGGUCAGGGCGGGUAUGAUGCCUCGCGAGGACAGCUAUGUGCCACGUUAAAAGGAAAAGAGAACUGGAGUGUUACCACUCAGGAUCUCAAGGAAUUCUACUCGUCAAAUGGAGAAGACAAGAAUGAUGACAAGGAGCUCACUACCUAUCAAAAAGACCCGUUACAAGCAUUUGAGAAGACGGCAAGUAAGAAUCUCUUCAAGGAACAACUGCCAGGAACAGUGAGAACCUUCAAGGACGCCAUGCUUCAGGAGACAGUCGAUCAAGGAAUUCCUGUGCCCAAGACACCAACGAGCUGGCAAGACACUACACAAGUCUGGGAGGUUGCAGUUCCCACAAUGAGGUGCCAACCAAAAUACCCUCACCAGCAGGAGCUACGUGGAGCAAAAUACACAGAAAUGGAAGCCACGAUUUGGCUAGAGUACAAACUCUGCAAAUACAAUGUCCGGGACGCUAUCGCGGAUUGGGGAAUCUUCAACAUAUACCACCCUAAAAAAGAGGUCUAUGAAACUCGACAAAACAACCUGUUACAAGUAUUACAACAACUAGAACAGGAGGGAGAGUACGAAGCAUCACAGCUUGCAGAAAUCUGGACUGCAAAUGAGUAA